GAUUGAUUGCAGUGUGUGAUUUGCCAUUUCCUGUGUGGAUGAAAGAAAAAGAAUUAUGUUAUAUUUUGGACGAAUACUGAAGAAUUCAUUAAAUUAUGGAAUAUGAAAGAUGACAGAGAGUUUAUCUAAAGAUGAUGAAACACUUGUGCGUGUGCAGGCACAGGUUAUGACCCGUGACGACUCCAGCGGUGGGUGGGUGCCGAUGGGGGGCGGGGGCCUCAGCUAUGUGGGCCUCGUACGGCGGGUCAGACCCGAGGACAAGAAACAUGAAUACAUGAUCUUCGGACAGAGAAUUGUGGAUAAUUCUGUGGUUUUAAAAUGUGAUAUUAAAAAGGACAUUAGAUAUACAAUACCCAAUCCAAAGUUUCAUCACUGGCUUAUAGAUGACAAACGAUUCGGGUUGACGUUUGAGCGCUAUGAUGAUGCGAAAGCUUUUGAUAAAGGAAUACGUAAGGCUGUAGCAGAUUUAACAAAUGGGUUAGAAGAUGGAAGAGCAGAUGAUGUCUUUGAGGAGCUUGAGUUGCCGAUAUCUCGGACGGGCAGUCUGUCCCAGAGCACAACGUCAACGACGACCAGCUCGCCCCAGUCUCCAACCACGUACACGCCUUCCUUACAGGACAUGUAUAAUAACUCGCACAUUCGUCAUCAUCUCCACAGAGUGCAUUACCUGUCGCAUCGGCAGAAAAACGAAAUGAACAAGAGCAUGAGUGGUGGAAGUAGAGAGGAAACUGAACCCGUGGAAGAGGAUGUUUGGGUGCAACGUGAAGAUGUGAGAGAAAAUUCUGAUCAGGGAUUAUUAGAUACUAAGACGAACAGUGUAGAAUUGAAAGAUUAUUCUUAUGUGAUCUUUGCGCGGAACUCUCAGCAUGAGUAUAGUUAUCCGUAUUUAGAAACUACAGAAAAGCCUCCCUUGAAAAGGGAAGCAAUAUGUAACAAGAAGAAUACUAGUAUAGUAGUGCAACCAAAGCCCCCUUUACCAAUGAAAAGUAAGAAAACUGUCAAACAUUAUACCAAACAUGCAUCUGGACCAUUGCUGGUGAAAGCGCAGUGCAAACAUUGUCAUGAGACGUUUACUCAUGAGAACAACCACAGAGGGAGCUGUGAGGAAGCCCCGGAUAGUGUAGAAACCUGCAUAGAAAUAUUGACUUGUGUCUCGUGCGCUAAGGGUAUCAUGUACCACUGUAUGUCAGGCCCGGACGGUGAGUUCGGGCACCCUUGUAUAUGUGAUUUCUCGGACAAUUCAAACUGUAAGAAGUGGACGGUUCUCUCAGUGCUGUCCAUGUUUGUUCCUUGUCUAUGGUGCUACUGGCCUUUCAAAGCCUGCCAUAUGUGCGGCGUGAGUCUUGGAUGUUGUGGCGGCCGACACAAAGCAACCUGAGGACCAGCCUUGGAGCUCGAGGGAUCAGUGCAUACGUAAAACACACAUUCAUGCCUGCAGGCAGACUUGUUUGCGAUGGCUAUGUGAUUAUCAAUGUAUAUUGCUCGCCUUUCAAAUAACGUACUGCAUGCGGCUUAGACGCAGUGCAAGGUUAGUGAAUGGUUCAUCAAUAUUUUACCCAUUUCACCACCGAUGUUGUGAGUCGCAUACUCAACCACUCUACCUUUGCAGAACCGGAAACCCGCGAACACAGUUUCCAUGGUAACUUUUGUUACUUAAAAUCGCCUGACUUCUUGCUGAGCAAGGGACCUGUCCGAAAUGGUUACUACACUUGUGGCGCCCCACAGAAGAAGGGGUGUCGUCGCCUAUCAGCUACUUUGGUGCAAUUAAACCGCUGUAUGUCAGCACACAUGCAAUAUGGGGGUGAGAGGCUCGUUGACCAGACAUGGAUGAAUGGCAGAUUGCAAUCAGUGCUUAAACGCUGUGUUUAAAUCCGUACUUUGUUUUGUUUUAUUUUUUUGUAUAAGAUAUUGGUGAAUACUUGUUUUUGUUGAAAGUAUGUUAUUAAUGAUACACCAAUGUUGUCUCCCUUUUGUUAUAAAAUGCUUUUUGCUUGAUAAAUGAAGAUGAGGCUCUAUAUACCAAAAACAAAAAUGAUUGUGUCGGUGAAUGUUGUCAUGGCCAGACUUAAAUUCACUUAAUUGUCUGUUUAUGGCAGAUGAGAUACUCUGUGUUCAAAAUCUUUUUAGUUUAAAUGCUUUAGUGUUAAAUGUACAUUUCUUUUUUUAGUUAAAGAUUAAUCAUACUUCUUUACAACACAUAGACAUAGACAGAUUUUGCCUUCUCAUUUGUUCUUGCUAUCAUGAUCUUUGUUACAUGUAUGUACAUUUAUGUACAUUGUACAUGUACAUUAGACUUUUUUCUGUCGAAUUGAAACUAUAUGUCAUGCAUAGCAAUGAUAUCAUCUGGAAUCUUUUUUAAUGAUAUGAGUUAUUUGAAUGUAAUUAUAUCUACAAAGGGUCCAAUAUGUAUCUUAACAAUUGUAUAUGAGCUUACUAGAGCACGACAUGCUGAUUAUAAGCUUUUGUGCAUCUUUCUUGUCAACAUUUGCCAUGUUUGCUGUCAAGUGUCAUAUUUUGUUGUCCAGUCUACAUUGGUUUUGGUCAGAACAUUUGACCUAAUCAUAUAUAGGCCUUUUUUGAAAGAGGAUUUUUUUAGACCUUAAACUAUGUCAAAAGAGAAAAUUAAAGAAAAUUAAGGCCACAUUUUUUGCCAAAUUGUCAUGAAACUGAAUCAGAAAAUUUGACGCAAAGAUGUAUUAGCCACGAUCAAUACUGUGUCGUUUUGGCACUAGGUCAAAUCAAAGAAAAGGCAUGUUCACACUUUUACAUUGUUUUGCCCAUGAAAUGUGGUUAGAACAUUCAUCCCAAUUAUAUUUAUACCAAGUUUGAAAGUUAUUCAAACUGGGCCAACAAGUUAACUUGGUACAAUUAAAAAAAGCUUGUUCACACUCAAGACUGUAUUGCCCAAGUCAGAAUGGAUGUUCCAAUUAUAUAAAACUUGUGUUAGAGAUUGUGUAAUUAGGGGUUACUGUCAUAUCUAUUAAUUGAGAUUUUUGCAGGAUGUUUGGCUCUAAUGUUGUUUUAAAAGAGAGAAAGUAGUGUUUAUUUACAUGUGAUAAAACAACUUAAUUGUUACAAAAAUUGGAUUAUAACACAGGCUAUAUGUCUCUUGCCAUACUGCUAUAAAAACUGGUAUUACAGCUGGAAAUGGGCAUCAGUAAUAAAAAAGUUAAAUAUAAGCCAUUUAUUUUUAUGACAUGUAGUAGAGUGUUUUAAUUUUUUGAUUGCAUUUCAGUCAUUUAUAAAAAAAAUCGCCUUUACUGACUGGUACCCUACAUGUAGCAAUAACAUGUUAAUUGUACCCAUGAUGGGAAAGUCAGUCUGAGAUUUUAACGUAAGGUGUAAACAAAUUGUGUCAUUUCAAAAACAUGAGUAAUAUCCAAUUUACUUACGUCAAGUUACUGAGUUAUCAAAGCAAGACUCUUAUACAAAAAGACACAUAAGUUUAAAUAAAGAUUGAACACAAAUUUUCAAACAAAAAUAAUGUUUUUGUAGUCAAAAACAGUUUUUGGUCAUUUCAAUGUUUUCCAUUGCCCAAACAAGAAGCUUAUAUGUAGGUUUCAUGGGCAGUGGUUUUAGAUUACACAUUACAUUGUAAUUUGAUUUGUUAAUAUGCUCCUGUAUAGUUUUUGUGUUCAGAAGCAAACGGUUAUGAAAAAUAAUGUUGUCAGAAAUAUGAUUCUUUGUUGAGAGUUAUUACCCUUUUUAAAUUGCCAAUGUGCCAAAAGUUGUUUGGGAAUGAUGAUAUUUGAUUGAUCAUGUAUCAAUAGGUUAUGCAUUAUCUUUAAUGACUUCCAGUUUGUAGUAGAAGAUUUAACAAAAGACAAUAACAUUAUAAAUUAAAAAUAAUAACAUUUAUUAUUUUUAAUAUUUAUUCACAUAAAAUGUUUCUUGGUGACCAUAUUCUGGGCGCCAUUAUUAAACAUCUCACAAAAUUAAAACCAAAAGUUUAGAUUAACGGAGGGUAACGAAAUUAGAGCUUAUUCUCUACAAAAUAGGUAACUGUUUUGUCCAUACCAUAUCCAUAAGAUUUUAUAAAAGGUCAUGCGUAAUGCGCAUUAUUGAUUGUAAUUUGACUUUGUGAACUUUUUAAAUUUUAAAUGUUUGAUAUUUAAGCCAAUUUUUAUAGCAAUGUUAUUUUUAUCGUUGCACUACUUUAAAUAUGCAUGGUUACUGGUUAGAAGAGAAUUUCAUAUGGGAUUUCAGUUAGGUAACCUUGUAAGCAAUAAUUGAACAUGAUCUGAUGUAAUAAUGAUGGAUGUGUUUGCAUGCUGUAUGUGUAUUGGAGAGAGUUUAAUUAUAAAUUAAACCUACAUGUAUGUAACUCACAUAGUCUAUGCUUUAGGACAUUAAAAAUUAGGAAAAAGUGGAUGCUGAAAAUGAAACCCCACCAUGUUUUGAAUAUGUACAUAAAUGUCUACAUGUUACCUAAAUUCUCACUCAAAAAACAUUGAAAAUAACCUAAUGGAAAAAGUCCUGACUUUCUUUAAAGACUUUAUUUGGAACCACAACAAAAAGAAAUUUUUGUUUUCCCUUAUGGUCAGACAAGUUUGAUACAUGUUUGUUAUAAGGAAUUAUUAUUUGAGUUAAACAUAUUAUCAAUAUGUUAGGAAUGAUUAUUUAAGUUUAACAAAUUGGAUGUGUUCAAUAAAAAAUAUAAGGAUUAUUUUUUUCGCCAUGUCGCAGAUGAAAUAUGUUAGUGAAAAAAUUCAUUACUUUUUGUUUGUUUGAGUUUUUUUUAAACAUUUCCUUAAAGUAUUUUCUAAUCAGAUGGAAAACAUCCGGCUACACCCUGGGUAAACAGGACUGAAAGCUUGUGCUAGAAGUGAUGUCCCACUGCACUGCCUAAUCGGGGUCAACUUUUUCUUUCUAAAUUGGAUUUUUGUUUAGAAAGGACUUCUUUAUUUUUAAAAUUUCAUUGAAGCGGAGAAUGUGACUUAUUUGUAAUAGAGGAUUGAUGUUCAUGGUAAAAACACCCACUCAUUAAUGUUAUGUCAAAAAGGUACCAUAGCCAAGUACUUGAGACAUAACACCAGUAUACAAGUAAGUCUAAAUACUUUCAAGAUGUGUAACAGUGUUGUUGUUUUUUGCGUACAGAUGGAAAAUGUAUGCUUAUUAUUGAUGCUUAUUCAUGUAAGAGUAGAAGUAAUACAUCUUGUUUAUAUACCGUAAUUAGUACAAUACAGUUAUGCAUAUUUGUGUGCCUUGCAUAGUGUCAGAUAAACGUUGUACUGAGAGUAUUCCAGCAACCAUGUUUAUCUAUAAAAAUUGGACCACUUGUCUUGACUUUAUUGAAGCACUUAAAUAGAAAUGUUCAUCUCCUUUUUAAAGACUGUUCAGAAAGCUACUAAUUUCUUUGAAAUUUUAAAAGCUGUAUAUUCCAUGAAAAUGUCCCAUCUAGCAGACAAAAUGAAAAAAUUAUGUUAGUUUUUGGUAAAAAAAGACUCAUUGUCAUGUUUAAUAUAGUGUUUUGUUUAAUUUGAUAUGACAUGUAUGUGUGACUAGACUUCAAAAAGCUGUGAUGUAAUGUUUGUAUUAUAUGAAUAAAACUUCCAUAAUAACGCAAACAAGAUAUAUGUUAAUGUUUACUUGUAUCUUUUAAGAGUAGCUAAUAAAUGUUAUUUGAAACUGAUGCAACACUUCUCAAACGAACUUGCGGAACAAAUAUCAUAUUGCGGUUAGAAGUGUUACUAAGCAGAGCUUAUUUUGUUCUUUCUCUAUUUACAUAUUGAAUGUAUUGAGAAAAUGGGUGCUUUUUGUUGAUGGAUAAACUAUGCCAGUUAGCCAUGUAUUAUUUCACCUGUAAUAUUGAGCUAAACAUUAUCUACUGAUUGUACAUUGUUAUAUUCUAUUUACAGCUUAAUAUUCCUGUUUGAUGCUUCACAAUACGUUUAUGAUUAAUAUUGCUAACUUGCAAAGGUUAGAUUGGGAGGUUUUCAAAAUAGGAAACAUCAACUCACCAUUGACAAGAAGGGGCCAUAGAUCAAUCAUUCAGUCAUGCAAUAAAGUUUGCAUUUAAUUUGUAUCUCAGAACUCAUAUAUUUUCUGUUGAUAUAUUUUCAGUAUUUUGUCUUUAAGAAUAUUGUUUAUACAUCUGGAAAUGUAAGUUAUUUGAGUAAUAAUUAGUUAUUUGUGGUUGUUCAAUUGUAUUUUUAAAAAGAAUUUUUCCCAAUUUUCUGAAGUACUUGUGAAUUAAGUUUUUUGCCAGAGCACACUUGAAGUAGAAAUAAGUGCUGUAUACAAGUUUUCUAUAUCAUGCAUUUCAGCCAUUUAAAACAAACAUUGGGUUGUUGAUGGUAAAGAACCUUAAAAUAGUGAUAUAAUUUAUAGAUCUUUAAAACAGAAUUAACAUAAGAAGUUAAAAGCAUGAUUUUGGUAGUUAUGGUAACAAAUUUAAUUAUUGGUGAAAAAUACUUACAUGAAUUUGGUCAUUGUUAAUUACCGGGUAUAAUAUUACAUAGGAUAAGCUGAAUACAUUUUUUAUGAAGCAGUUUUGUACUGAGACGUCCAAAACACAGAAAAACGAGACCAUGUUUAAAUCAAGGAGUGUUAAAAAACAAUAUGAAUAUUCGAGACUUGUAUUUUACGGUUUAAAUUACUUCAAUUUUUCUUCUAUAGAUAUUAUAAAAUACGAUUCAAGUUGUUUCAUCAUAUUCAUCUGCUUGCUUUGUUAAUAAAUAUGUAUUUAAAAUAAAAGAUUGUACACACACACACACACACACACACACACACACUUGUAUAUAAGAGAUGGUACCCAAGUGUUUGUAUACUGCAGAUCCCUGGAGAGUGCAGGCACACACACACUUGUAUAUACGAGAUGAUACCCAAGUGUUUGUAUAUUGCAGAUUCCGGAGUGCAGGCACACACACUUGUAUAUAAGAGAUGGUACCCAAGUGUUUGUAUAUUGCAGAUUCCGGAGUGCAGGCACACACACUUGUAUAUAAGAGAUGGUACCCAAGGGUUUGUAUAUUGCAGAUCCCGGAGUGCACACACACACACACACUUGUAUAUAAGAGAUGGUACCCAAGUGUUUGUAUAUUGCAGAUUCCGGAGUGCAGGCACACACACACACACACACACUUGUAUAUAAGAGAUGGUACCCAAGUGUUUGUAUAUUGCAGAUUCUGGAGUGCAGGCACACACACUUGUAUAUAAGAGAUGGUACCCAAGUGUUUGUAUAUUGCAGAUCCCGGAGUGCAGGCACACACACACUUGUAUAUAAGAGAUAGUACCCAAGGGUUUGUAUAUUGCAGAUCCCGGAGUGCACACACACACACACUUGUAUAUAAGAGAUGGUACCCAAGUGUUUGUAUAUUGCAGAUCCCGGAGUGCACACACACACACUUGUAUAUUAGAGAUGGUACCCAAGUGUUUGUAUAUUGCCGAUCCCGGAGUGCACACACACACACACACACUUGUAUAUAAGAGAUGGUACCCAAGUGUUUGUAUAUUGCAGAUCCCGGAGUGCAGGCACACACACACUUGUAUAUAAGAGAUGGUACCCCAAUGUUUGUAUAUUGCCAAUCCCGGAGUGCAGGCACACACACACUUGUAUAUAAGAGAUGGUACCCAAGUGUUUGUAUAUUGCAGAUCCCGGAGUGCAGGCACACACACACUUGUAUAUAAAAGAUGGUACCCAAGUGUUUGUAUAUUGCAGAUCCCGGAGUGCAGGCACACACACACUUGUAUAUAAGAGAUGGUACCCAAGUGUUUGUAUAUUGCAGAUCCCGGAGUGCACGAGUAUGGCUGUGAUGUGGAAGUCCAAGCAUGUCCAUGGUGUCUUGCUUGAGAAAACUGGGCUUAAUUCAUGUGCUUAAAGUGUCGUCCCAGAUUAGCCUGCGCAGUCCGCACAGGCUAAUCAGGGACGACAAUUUCCGCUUUAAUGGUAUUUUUAGUUUCAAGGAAGUCCCUCCUUACCGAAAAUCAAGUUAAGGCGGCAAGUGUCGUCCCUGAUUAGCCUGUGCGGACUGCACAGGCUAAUCUGGGACGACACUACGCACAUCUAUUAUGCCAAGUUUUAUCAGAACAAAACACAUGUAUUAAAAAUUGGUUGUUAAACAAAUAACACAUGACUUGGUCAAGUGUAAAAGCGCAUCUGUUUUAAUGUUGAAGAAGUAAUUAAAGUGCAUAUUUAGCGAUAAUUUAUUCAAUUAAUGGUUUACUUUGUUGUGCUCUUUUAAUUCCUAUUGCUCCUUGUAAUGGUAUGUAAUGUUAAACAUUGUUGUAAUAUUUUUUAACGAUUUCCCUAUUAUGUUAUUGUUAAAAUAUUAACCAUUUUUACACUUAGUGUUUUAAAUGUUUGUAUAGUUUAUUAUUAAUAACAGAAUAGACUAAAACAUUUAACAAUUUUAUUUGAUUUUUUUUUUUCAAUUUUAUUUUUUGUCAUGUUUUGUACUACUGAAUGAGUAAUAUUAUGUGUACAUUUAUCAGUAAGUUUCAGAUGUUUUAAUAUGACAUUUCUUUAUAUAAUUUCUGCUUUAUAUAUUAUGGCAAAUGUGUUUGCUAAUGUAUAGUUGUACAUUAAGAAUUGAUAUUUUAUAUAUAUAUAUGGAGAGAACCAUUUUCGUCUAUCAUAAUUUUUCACACAUACUGUGAGCAAUUUUAAUGAUUUCUGGAAAGAAAUAAAUUGAGCUAAUAAUACAA